AAUUUUCUGCAGCAAUAUGGAAUAAAUAUCUUAUUCAUUCUUUACAAGACGUAUUAUACCUUAUUUAACUGUAAAUGAAACUGCACAAAAUUUAAAACUGAUUUUCGUCUGCUAUUGUUUUGAAACAGAUCAUCUUCUAAUAUUUAGAAAUUUUUUUGUGAUAUUCGUGUUUUGAUUGUUGUUAUCCCGGCACAAGCUAAGAAUCCGUUCAGGAGCAUACGCCGGAAAACAAACCUCAUUCCUUCCUAGAAAUUAAAAAGAAGAAAAUUAAGAGAAAAGGAAAAUACAAACGCAAAAAUCAAGAAUAGUCCACCAAUGUUUCUCGUCUAUAUUUCGUUUAAAAUGACUGAAAUCCAUUGAUAGUUAUCUUUUUAUUUAUAUUUGGCUCAUAAAAUCGCAACAACAUUCAUAUAUUUAGAAAAAGAAAUUGUAAGUUAAAAACAUGAAAAUUAAUUCAUGUAUUAAAAUUCUUGGUGAUAAAAUAGUGUUGGUGCCAUACAAGAAAAUGCAUGUAGAAAAAUAUCAUGUUUGGAUGCAAAGUCCAGAGCUUUUGGAACUAACAGCUUCAGAACCAUUGACUUUGGAGCAAGAAUAUGAAAUGCAACAAUCUUGGUUUGAAGAUGAAGAUAAGUGCACUUUCAUAGUUUUAGACAAGAAAAUAUUAGAAGACACCUGCAAUGAAAUAGAAGCCAUGAUUGGAGAUGUGAAUAUGUAUCUUAAUGACCCAGAUGAUAUUCACGGAGCUGAAAUUGAAGUUAUGAUAGCAGAUCCUUCUCAUCGCUCCAAAGGCAAAGGAAAAGAAGCAUUAUUGUUUAUGUUAAGAUAUGGAUUGGAAGUUUUAUCAAUUACUAAAUUUAUUGCAAAGAUAAAGAUGAAAAAUGAUGCAAGUUUGAAAUUAUUUAGCAGCAUUGGAUUUGUUGAAGUUAACAAAAGUGAAGUAUUCCAAGAAAUCGAAAUGGUGUGCCAAUGUAGUGAGAAAUGGAGAGAGGAAUUAGUAUCUAAUACUGAAAUCAAGCAAGAGGCUCUGCACGAAAAGUUGUUACUCUGUUUCUAGCUUGUGGUGGACACAAUGUAUUGACCAUGUAUGAGGACCAUUUCAUGGGAUGGUUGUUGGUGUAUCAUUUCAGCUGGUUGCCUUCAACUAUGCUACUAAUUUAUUCAGGACCAAAUGAAAAGAAUUUUCUUAGAUUUCGCAUCAGAUUUCGCAUUGCUCAGUCCCUAGAGGUGAAUCGAAAAGUAUAAAUUUUGUUUAGCACCAGGACUGGGAAUGUCCAUGGCCCAUCCCUUGUUUGGGCCUGUUUUAACACUUUCAGCGCGAGGGACGAGAUAACUCGUCUUCCAGGAAUAUUCGCUAUGCACCAGGGAUGAGAUAACUCGUCCUCUGCUCAAGGUUUUUCUGUAUUAUUGCAUUGUCUUAUAUAUUAUAUAUAAGAAAGAAUUAUAUUGUUACAAAAUUUUUCUUCUACAACAAAUACCGCUAAUCAAUUGUAAUUACUCAGCGCAUUUAAUUGCUAUAGUUCAGCAGUUUGUUUGCUGUCUCAUCCUCUAAUUUAUCUUAUUUGUCGGCGACUCCGAAUCCUCUCUCACACACACAGCUUUUGACGAUCCACACUACAUCUUCCCAGAUUCAGAUUGCCUGUCUUUUAUAGUUCCGGGAGGCGGGGCUGGAAUCUUCAGACCAAUCAGGGCGCACCUGGCUGUAUCUCGGAUCUUAGUGGAUGGAUCGUGAAAGUUCUCGAACUUUCCAGUAGUAACCAUUUAGUCGCCAAAUUCGUCGCCAAGCUCUCAGGUCAUUUACGGCAGCUGCUCAGCACAGAUCUUACAACGGUCUUUCUCACGAUGACACUAUUCAUGCCGGGUAGCAAAGUUACAGAUUUGUAACAAUAUAUAUAAUUAUUAUAUAUAAGCGCAGAUGGUGGGACAAAGGCGCGCUAUUGCCGCGACUAAAGUGUUAAGCACUGCUGUUAAGACCAAAUCGUCUUCAGUACGAUAUGACUCCUUUUAUUUUUUUAUGCUCUACACAUUAUAUGCUCAUUAGCACACCAAGCACUUUUUGUACCGAAAAAAUAAUUUCAACUGAAAAAUUUUCUUUCAAAAAAAUAUUGCAAAAAAAAUUAUAAUAAAUAAGUAAAAAAUAAUAAUAAUGAAAUAAAAAAGCAGAAGUGAACUGUCACUUUGACGAUUUGAAGAAACAAUAAAUUCUGCAAUAUAAGUAAAACCACAGGAAAAUGUCUUUCCAAGACUUUAUUGCCUUAAAUUGCACUAAAGAGGAACUUGCACUAGAGAGGAAGAAUUACCAUUCUUCCCUCCAGCUUAAAAAUUACAGAUUUUAGGCAAGGUCAUGAAAAUCACACGUAUUCGGAUUUUUAUUUUCAGUACUACUCAGGAGUAUUUUGUGCUUCAAAAAAUAGUAUAACUGGUAGACAUUUAAGAAAUUUUGUGUUCAGCCAACUGAUUCUAAAAUUUAAGAUACAAUUUUAAGAACGAUAUUUUGUCAAAAUUUCAUUUCACUAAAUUGUUUUCCUUUUUUGUUAUAAUGUUUUCAUUCAUGCAAAUAUACAAAUAAAUUGAUGGUUCUACACUGCUUGACAACUGCUAAGGAACAAGUGAUUUAUGCAAAAUCACGUCUCAGACAGCUGGCCAAUAAAAGUAAAUUCAAGUUGAGAGGGCGUGGUAGAUCAGGACUCGUUAUCUGUAUAAAAGAUAUUGCAUACAAGCUCAUGAUUCCUACAAAAAUUCAUGCUGUUUUAUGUUUGACCCAAGUAGUGCAGGAUGAUAUAAAAGUUUUUUCCCUGAAAUUCUGUUUGGUUCUUGCAAUAAUUAAGAGCAAAAUGUAAGACAUCAUUUGAAUGCUCACAAUCGUGGACGACUGAAAGCAGGUCAAAGUGUCACCAAUGUAGCUGCUGCAAUGGAUGUAUCAAAUAGCGUCAUCUCGCGAUUAAAGAAGACCGCUGAAGGUGGAAAUGCUCUGCAAAAGUAUGUCGGGGGUUGUGGUAGGAACACCACACCUUUAGAAGAUCGCUAUGUAAAGGAACGCAAAAAGGAACAGAAAUUUAACUCUUUCCCAGAUAGCUGCAAACCUUGCAACCGCUACUGGUACGCAUGUUUUUGCAAGAACAAUCUCACGGUGAUUAAAUCAAGUUGGUUUGUAUGCACGGAAGCCUGUUCGUUGCAUUCCACUUCAACCACGCCAUCGUCGUGAGAGAUUACACUUUUGUAAGGAACAUGUUGGUUGGGAUUUCCAAAAUUUGUCUAGAGUGAUGAUCUCAGACGAAUCUUGUUUCAGUGUGACAAGAGAUUCUGGCCACCAAUUACUGUGGAGAAAGCGUGGAACACGUUAUGUACAACAGUUUGUUAGUGAACGUGAUCGGUACGGCCCAGGCGUGAUGGUGUGGGCAGGCAUCAUGCACAAUGGCAGAACACCGCUUCGCAUCUUUGAGCGUGGAAGCGUUACAUCGCAACGGUAUUGUAGAGAGGUUAUUCUGGAUCAUGUUCGUCUUUUUAGGGGUGCUGUAGGUCCAGACUUUUUGUUUAUGGACGAUAAUGCUCGCCAUACAAAAGCGUUGAGGUAUCGGACACACUGCAAAGAGAAAAUAUUGUCCGUAUGCAAUGGUCUGCUUACUCUCCCGACCUAAAUCCCAUUGAAUAUGCUUGGGAUGCUCUUGGCAAAUGUGUUUCACAAAGAACCAUCCCUCCCCGAAUAGUGCAAGAGCUCAAAAUCGCCUUGAGAGAGGAGUGGGACAAUAUCCCCCAAGAACUCAUCGAUAGUUUAGUGGACAGCAUGGAGAACAGAUGCAAAAUGUGCAUUGGUGUCCGUGGCCAUCACACAUCUUACUAAGGUACUCAUGUCUGCAUCAUUCUGACCUGAAGAUCAAUUUUUGUGGAGCUGUUUGGAAAUCAUCCAAGGAGCAUUUUUUUAUUUUUAAGUUUUUAAUUCUUCGAUGUGUCGAUAUCUGCAGCAUUUUGCACUAUAAUAAAUGCACAUCCUCCCUACUAAAUAUGUACUUAAGUUCCAUUUCUUCAAUCAUUGUCUAUACUUAAUUAUUCCGAAAAACAUAACUGUUCCUUAGCAAUUAUCAAGCAGUGUAGUUCAAAAUUUGAUAUGGGAUAUACUUUAAAUGCUAAAUUUUUUUUUUAUCAAAUUUUAACGAUUUAGCUCUUUGAUUUUUGAAGUUAUCGCAUUUACUUGUAUUGGGACCCCCCCCCCCCUUCAAAAAAUUGCUAUCAAAUUUUGAAAGAAAUGCAUUUUUCACAAUCUGCAUUUAUUAUUAAGAAAUUCGAAUUCCAAGAGCUUUUGAGUUAUGUUUACAGACGGACAUAAUUCCAAAAAUGUUUUUCAGAUGUUUAUAUCAUGAAGAU